AGAGUUUUGGGAUUGGCCUGACAGUGCCUGGAAGAGACCCAGGAGCCGACCUCGCACCACCUGGGUGUGCCAGCUAGAAGUUGACCACAAGACACGAGCACAACAGCUGUGGCAGUCAGCAUCUGAUCGCUUGGUCUGGGCGGCUCAACGCCCCCAUGAUGGAUACGGAGAAUGAUGAUGAUGAUGUUGGGAUUGGUUUCAGGAAUUUUAGAUAGUGGGAGGAGUCAUUUGGAAGUAGGGAAGGUUGGUGGGGUUAGGUCAAAUAAGUCAAUGACAAGUGAUCAAUGACCUACCAUGACGGGGAUUUAUUCAGGCUUGGUUUACAUUGUUUGCAAAUCAGUGUUGUAUACAACUUGCAAAUGUAGCACCUUGCUUCAUGUUUUACGCUAAUUUUGACCUAAGACUGUACAAUAAUUCAAUUUAAACUUCAAAAACAUCAACUCCAAGGCCCUGUAGAAACUGUUCGGCCCUGCUGUGUCAACCAGUGGUUGGUCUUUUUGAUUCUCAAACAAGCUAGACAAACUUUUUUUGGUACCGGUACUUCAAAUUUGGUUGGAAUUAUAUCCAGUGCAGUUGUCAAAGAAUUUAAAAAAAAAAAUCAACAGGUUUUGAAAGGUCCAACUAUGCAUGCAUUACAACUGUACUGUAAUUUGGUUGAAUUUUUUUGGUUCCAUUUUUCAAAUCCCCUGAAAGGUUUUGAAAUGUCUGGUCAUUUUCGGAUACACUUCCUAUACCCUUAAGUUAUCAUAGGGUUAUAAAGUGUGGGAGUCCCGAUAUUAUAGGACACCGCCGUUGCGUGUGGUGUGUUUGUUGUGAGAGAGUUUUCUCUAUGACACCGCGCGCUAUUGCGUGCGGAGGGACUUUCCCUCAUUGAGCAAUACUUUCGCGUGUGUUUGUUGUGAGAGGGUUUUCUCUAUGACAUGUCGACACCGCGCGCUAUUGCGUGCGGAGGGACUUUCCCGAUGGGAAAUCCGGAUACAUCAUGCAAUUACUACAAUGUACAUGUGCAUGUAUGUCAGGAACUCGGGAAAACUGGCAUCCUAAUGGGACGACAUUGCACAAUUUUGGGGAAUUGAAGUUCCAGGAAGUAUUUAUAUUACCACGGGAAUUUCUCAUUAAUUCUAAACGUGGCAGUAUUACUUCACUGUAUGACCGAAUGGUCAAGUACUGGUCGUUUUAAAUACAGGCAGAAGAGUGGGUUUUCAGCAUUUAUAGAUAAAGAAGACAACUUGAAAGACAUCGCAACCAGUGAAUCGCUGAAUUGAUCGAAACAACUGAGAGCCAUUACUAACCAUUCUCAAGAUGGACUCUAGAGGGCAGUAUAAACGUCUGGUCCUGCAUGGCCUCCUCAUCUUAAGCCUCGUCAGCUUGUAUAUUGGAUCUGAUGCAGCAUCCCCAAUGGACACACCAGACAAAAUAGCCACUCGUCCUGUAAUUUCUGACAUGGUUGAUCAGGAGGUCAGCCUUGGUAGCACCGUCACAUUUGACUGUCAAGUCAUGAGCUUAACAGCGCCAACUUUUGAGUGGUGGAAAGCCGACAAUUCAUCAGGCAAAGAGCAUGAACUCGGAGCCAUUCCAGAUAAGAUAGACAUCAUUGUACAUAACACUCCUUUGCAAGAGAAUGUUUAUACUCAGAUGCUGAGGAUCUACGGAGUAAUUUUGGAAGAUGCUGGAUCCUACAAAUGCACCGCUGGUAACAACCUGGGAACCAGCAGUGAGAGUGCAUUGCUGACUGUCCAUGAAGUCUCUCGACCCUUCAUGAUUGACAUGAACAACCAGGAGGUCAGCAUUGGUAGCACAGUCACGUUUGAUUGUCAAGUCAUGAGCUCAACAGCGCCAAGUUUUGAGUGGUGGAAAAUAGAAGAGUCAGGCUGUGAUCGUGAACUCAGAGCCAUUCCAGAUAAGAUGGACAUACUCGUUAACACUCCUUUGCAAGAGGAUGUUUAUUCUCAGACGUUGAGGAUCUACAGCUUAAGUUUGGAAGAUGCUGGAUCCUACACAUGCACCGCUAGUAACAACCUGGGAACCAGCAGUGAGAGUUCAUUGCUGAGCGUCAAUGAAGACUCUCGACCCUUCAUGAUUGACAUGAACAACCAGGAGGUCAGCGUGGGCAGCACAGUCACGUUUGAUUGUCAAGUCAUGAGCUCAACAGCGCCAAGUUUUGAGUGGUGGAAAACAGACGAGUCAGGCAGUGAUCGUGAACUCAGAGCCUUUCCAGAUAAGAUGGACAUACUCGUUAACACUCCUUCGCAAGAGAAUGUUUACUCUCAGACGUUGAGGAUCUACAGAGUAACUUUGAAAGAUGCCGGAUCCUACAUAUGCAUCUCUGGUAACGACCUGGGAACCAGCAGUGAGAGUUCAUUGCUGACUGUAAACAAAGCCUCUCGACCCUUCAUGAUUGCCAUGGAAAACAAGGAGGUUAUCGUUGGUAGCAUCGUCACAUUUGAUUGCCAAGUCAUGAGCUCAACUGAACCAGCUAUUCACUGGUGGAAAACAGACCAGUCAGGCGAUACCUAUGAGCUUAGUGCCAUUCAAGGCGAGAUAGACAUACUUAACCCUUCUCAGCGAGAGAAUGUUCAUUCUCUGGCAUUUAGGAUCUACAGCGUUACUUCGGAAGAUGCUGGAACCUACACAUGCAUCGCUGGUAACAACCGUGGAACUAGCACAGAGGAAGCAGAGCUGACAAUUAUCACUCCAGAAUUGAAACCUACCACGAGCGGGGCAGCUAGCCUACACAUGAAAUUCGGUGCACCGGGAACUCUGGCUCUGACUCUGAUGGCCGUCUGUGGAUAUGCCUUUGGAAAUCAUUUGUUCUUUGACUAAAAAGAACAGGCCAUUUUAAGAAUGUCUAUUAAGAACCCCUUGUUUGAACAUUUAUAACGACUCAUCUUCUUAACCUUACAUUCUAAAUGACAAACAAGAAUCUCUAGAUUGUUUCACUGGUGAGGUGGCACAAUUUACUCAGUGGUGUGAUGAUAACUAUCUAGAAAUCAAUAUCAACAAAACCAAAGAGAUGGUGAUUGAUUUUAGGAAAAAGAAAUCUCCAAUUACACCAGCUAAUAUUAAAGGCAAAUGUGUGGAAGCAUGCAGUGUCUGUUUACAAAUACUUGGGAACUGAAAUUGAAGACCAACUGAAAUUUGACGCAUACAUGCGUCAAAUUUCAGUUGGUCAUCAAUUUCAUGUACCAAAUCAAAAUAUAACAAGCUGCAACAACGUUUGUUUUUUCUGCGCAAACUCAAGUCUUUUCACGUUGAUAAAACUAUUUUACAACUGUUUUACAAGUCCAUGGUACAGAGUAUUCUCACAUUUUGUCUUGUUUGUUUUUACGGAAAUAUGAGGUGCCAGGAUCGGAUUAAGCUAGACAGAAUAGUUAAGCAAGCCAGUAAAGCUAUUGGUUUACAACAAGAGUCUCCAGAGGCAUUAUACAGGUCUCUUAUGUGCAAUAAAAUUAAGACGGUUCUUUCCGACUCACAUCACCCAUUGAAUGCCGACUUCCAAACGAACUCCAGAAGGAAUCGCUUUUUACAACGAAGGAUCAGGACACGGCAAUACGGCAGUUCAUUCGUUCCAGCAGCUAUCAAAUGGUACAAUGAGCAACUGGAACGAUGAACUGCCGUGUGGCUGACCCUGAUCCCUCAUUAAUGUAAUGUAAUAUGUGUAUUAUAUGUAGUAGUUUGUUUUUUACCUGUAUUUAUUGGAUUUAUAAGUUUGUGGUAACUACAUUGCAUUUUUACAUCUUUUUAAUUAAUGAUUGUAUGUUUAUAUAACCCACUUUUUGUCAAGGCCAUUUUAAUUUCCCUCCUGAGAGAUAAUAAAGUUCAAUCUUAUCUUAUCUAAA